AUGACAGUAUGGCUGCUAAUUUUGGUUGAGCUACUGGGAGGCGCUGGCUGGCCUGUGGAAGGCGGACGGCGGGUAAAGCCGCUCUCUCGGAAGGUUACACCGGCGGAGCGGCUGUGCAGGGCCUUGGCGGGCGCUUCCUUGGUCGAACGGAACGAAGCAGCUAAGCCGUUGCCACUUUCCUUCCCGUCGCUAGCGAUGAACUUGAGUCGGAGUCUAUACAAGUGUCACAUGGUGGAUGCGCUGGCGAGCAUUACUACUUGUAUCUGGUUUCCUUGCGGCCGAGAGGUUGAUAUGGCUGGUGUGUCCCGUAAACUGGCGGCCGACGCUAAACUGGAUGCUGGUUCGAAUCCCGCCGCCGCCGCCGCUAAUACAAACACCGCCGACACAAACCCGGCAGAUGAUUCGAAUCCCGGCGGCGGCGGCGACGGAGACGCCAUCCCGGGUUUCACAUGGGAAUCGAUCCUGGAGGACCCGCGGAACACAGCCGGCAAUAUGCACAAUGCCCCGCUCGCUAGUCUCUUCCUAGCCAAUGUCGAAAUCGUGCCAGAUAACCACCUCAAGAAGUGGUGUGAGAAUGAGUGGAGCAACCUAAUCAGCGUGGAUGCUGACAACGGCACCGAAGGCGUUGAUGACAAUGACAGCCAGGGCGAGGACAGUGACAGCCAAGACGUUGGCGUGGAAGAUACUGAUGGACAAGACACAUCAUCACGAAACAACUUCAUCAGAAGUCGAAGUCGGAGCGAGACCGAUUCUAGUCGAAGUGAGAACCCUGGAGGGGAAUACGACUUCAAGUCCGAGACGACGAAUGAAGAGGCACAGGUGCUUUCGUGGGUCGCGUACUAUGCCGGACAAUUGAGUCUGUCCGUUGAUGGGUCGUUCGGGUUGUCGGAAGAUUUCUGCUUUGAGAUUAGGGUGUUAUCUGAGAUCCGGAAGCGGUGGGUGGCGUGGGCGCGUUCCUUGAGAGCCUCCACGGGCGUAAUGGAUGCCACUGAGGCCACCCUGUGGGUGGCGGCGGCAGAGUCAUUUUAUUACAAGCGCGCUGGCGAAGUGCUACAAGACGAGCACCUCAACUGCUUACUUUCGCGCAAAUGCCGGGCACUGGCCCGACUUCUAGUUAGGCGGCAACCCAAUAAUCCCUUCUACGCCCCACCCGACUACCUGUUGCUCCCACGGAACGAGUACCAAGACUCUGUGAUUACCCACCUCGCCUUCCUCGUCCGGACGGCCUUUCUGGAAAGGUGGCAGUCCGGUCUACACCGUAACAAAUUCUCUGUCGGCGGACCCUGGGAGGCCGGACCCGUGGACGUGGCGCAACUGAUUGACAGGUACGCCAAGUUCGCCCAAACCGAGUUCGUCCAAACACGCACUCCGGGGUUGGAAUCGAACCCGGGAUCUGCUGCUCUCAAGACCUCCCCUGGACAAAUGUGGUCCUUAUUUGCCGCCUUCCCUGCCUUACUACCUGGCCGACUAGGGCUCCUGGAAAGGGCAGAGCAUGCCGUCCGGGACGCAGUGCUGGCUCAGAACGUUGAGACGGCCUGCCGCACAAUCAAUGAGGUCCUACCCUACCUUAGCAUCGUCGGCGAACGUCAAUCAAACGGAGGUUUCGGUUCACCUGAUCCGGCAGCCUAUUUUUACAAGGUCAUUUUCGACAGACGCCCCUGGCUGACUGCAUUGAAGCAGCGAUGCGCAUUCAUCUCUUGGUACCAAACCGACCAAGACGACAAACUCGGAGUCCCUGGCGCACAAGACUCUGACAAGGCCCAAGACUCUGGCAAGGAGAAAGGCACAAGCAAGCCGGCGUUGUACGCCUUUUUUACAAAGGCGCAGGAGGUUGGGCCAGUUGGCGACAGCCGGAAGGAAUUUGCGAGUCUCCUUCGAGUGGUGGGGCGAGUGCGCACGGCCAGCACCGACUUGAUGAGUAACAUGGAGACUUUGUUUUACUCGCUCGACCAUAUUUGCUCAGAGGGGGAAAACAUUCUCGCGCCCGCUAUUUACAGUGCCGUUUUACAAAACUGUCCAUCCGGGAUGAGCGCAGAGCCCCGCUCGGACCGCAGAACCGAUCGGUUCGACCUCUUUGCGGAUCUGGAUCGGUGCGUGCAAAUUUCCCACCGCUAUCGAACCAAAGACUCGCCCUCGACAUUGGCAGCGGCGCUCCUCUUAGACGAACCGAGUCAGAAACGAACGAGGAAGCGUCGUAGCCGGAGACGAGAUAGCGAAGGUCUUGCUCCAGAGGGACAACUCGUCGACAGUAAGGUGGAUAGCAAGCCGGACACAGACCAAGGAAGUGGGAAUCAUGACUCCGGUCAGAAUCAGGACUCCGGUCAGAAUCAGGACUCCGGUCAGAAUCAGGACUCCGGUCAGAACCAGGACUCCGGUCGGGAUCUGGAACAAAAGAGAAUUCAAGACGGUGGCAGUCAGGAAGACAGUCAGGAUGUAGGUGGAGACGUAAGUCGGGAAGGACGUCGGGAUAGAGGCCAGGUUACCAGUGAGGACGGCGAUUAUUUCCCGCCUGGUUUUCAGCCGUCUCGUUCACAAUUAUCGUAUCGCCUGAUCCGAAGGGACAGUGCGUUUUUGCGGGAUGUGGUGGACGGCGCUUCGACACUGCUAACUAAUACAGGGUGUUAUGCUUUGGGUAAGAUUGAUGGAUUGGAUCACAACUACCGAGUGCGGUCUCGGUGGGCGAUGAAUUUGGAGGAGGAUUUUUUCGCAAGUCCUUACAACACACACGUGUGCUUGGACGCGUUGCGGAUUUUGACAGCUAAGUCGUCAAGCUUGGAAGAGGAUAUAGGUUGUGAGGAGUCGUCUGGACCCGCUUGGAUUUACUUUAAAGGCAUUUUGAAUCCAUUGGGUUCGUUAAUGAAGUUAUGUGAAGACAUCUUAACCCCGGUAGAACGGGGUAUUGUUCGAGAUAUAUUGAGUACAGCGGCUGUUGGAUUGAAUGUAUCACCUCGAUCCUUUCGUUUGUUGGCGAAAUUAUCUAGUGCAUUCCGCGGCCUACAGGCUUCGUUUUUGGACCGGCAGGUUUUAAGUGGUUAUACAUCUUCGGUCAAGAUAGUGAGGUUGGUAACCAAUGCCCAGGGCCGAUACUUGGAUGGCCAACGGGCCAUGCAACUACGGGAGGAUCUUGGUUACGUGCCGGCGGUUGUGGAGGAUGAGCCGACCGACCUGGCGAGCGGCUAA